GCACAUUGACAACAGUUGCCGUCAUGCAUCGGACUCUUUUGCGGAUUUUGCUUCUGACGGUAACGUUACUGUGUUCAUUUGCGCGAAAUGAAAAGAUCAAUCCUGCUGUCGCUGAUGAGCAGCUGCUCUGGGUCGGUGGUCAAACUGGAGAAGUUCACACCUACAGGAUUCCCCUGCUCACCUUCACUUCUCAGGGGAGUCUGCUGGCUUUUGCAGAGGCUCGGAAGAUGUCCUCCAAAGACAUCGGAGCCAAGUUCAUAGCUUUAAGACGGUCCACAGACAGAGGUGCCACCUGGUCUCCAACCUCAUUCAUAGUGGACGAUGGUUCUCUAGCAGAUGGGCUGAACUUAGGUUCGGUAGUUGUGGAUGAGGAAACUGGUGCUGUAAUACUCAUCUACUCGUUGUGCUUCCACCGUCACCAUUGCAACCCCUCCAGCACCAUGAUGGUGCAGAGCCUGGAUGACGGGUUCACCUGGAGCGCCCCACGAAACCUCAACCCUCAACUGGGGCUCCAGAGUUUUGCUCCUGGACCUGGCUUCGGUAUACAGAAACAUCAUCCACCUGCUAUUGGCCGUCUGGUGGUGUGUGGCCACGGCAGCAUCGCUGGAGACGGAGUGUUUUGUAUCCUGAGUGAUGAUCAUGGAAACACAUGGAGAUACGGAGCUGAACUGAAGAGUAUUCCAUACAACCAGCCCAAGAAAAACCUUGACUUUGACCCAGAUGAGUGUCAGCCAGUGGAGCUGGAUGACGGCAGCAUCGUGAUCAAUGUGCGUAACAAUAAAAACUAUCACUGCCGUUGUCGUAUGGUUGCCCGCAGUCUGGAUGGAGGAGAGUCUCUGCCGGUAGAGGAGCUGGUGUUUGAUCACACACUGGAAGAUCCUGCUGUUGCAGCUGGAGCUUUAGAGAAGGAAGGAGUGCUCUACUUCACCAACCCAGCCAACUCUAAAAGCAGAGUGAACCUCACUCUUCGCUGGUCUCUGAAUCACGGUAAAUCAUGGGUGACAGAUACUCUGAAGAUCUGGGCCGGGCCAAGUGGAUACUCCUGUAUGACAUCACUUAAAGGCAAGGAAACUGAGGAUCAGAAAUACAUCUAUGUCAUCUUUGAGAAAGGCCAGAAAGACUAUUUUGAGUCCAUCUCCUUUGUGAAAAUUGACUUGUACAGUGUCAGUGACCAAUGAAGAAAGGCAUUGAUGGGCUAAUUUUUUUUUCUUAACUAAAAAAAUGCUGAUUUUUAAUAAAACUAAAAUCCCUGUCAUUUGUCUUCCCUUGCCUCUACUCACCUGUCAUAUCCUGACUGUUUUUUAUCUGUCUUAUAGAUUUAUUGUAUGCCAGAUAUAGAGCCACACAAGCUUUUCUAGGUUGCAGAACCGGAUUUUUGCUUUUACUGAUUUAUGACAUUGUUGGAUUAUCUCUUUUGUGCCUAUUAUGUUGUUGUGAUGAAAAACAUAAAGCGAAGGAACACAUGAGAUGUAUAGCCUAUAUUUUAAGUUUAAUUGGCCUUUAUUUCUUACCUUACAGGGAAGAUCCCACAACUUUCAC